AUGGGAAAGUCUAAUCAGUCUUUUGUGACAGAAUUUGUGCUGCUGGGGCUUUCUGGCUACCCAGAGCUAGAGGCCAUUUACUUUGUGCUGGUCCUGUGUAUGUAUUUGGUGAUCCUACUGGGAAAUGGAGUCAUCAUCAUUGUGAGUGUUUAUGACACCCACUUGCACACCCCCAUGUACUUUUUCCUCAGUAACUUAUCAUUCUUGGACAUCUGCUAUACUAGUUCAUCUAUCCCACUAUUUCUCAGCAGCUUCUUAACUUCAAAGAAAACGAUUUCCUUCUCUGGAUGCGGAGUGCAAAUGUUUCUCUCUUUUGCUAUGGGAGCAACGGAGUGUGUCCUUCUAAGUAUGAUGGCGUUUGACUGCUAUGUGGCCAUCUGUAGCCCUCUACGAUACCCUAUCAUCAUGAACAAAUCUGCAUAUGUGUCCAUGGCUGCUGGGUCCUGGAUUGCAGGAGGCAUCAAUUCUGUGUUGCAAACGUCCCUUGCAAUGAGGCUUCCUUUCUGUGGGGAUAACGUCAUUAAUCAUUUUACUUGUGAAAUCUUGGCUGUCUUAAAAUUGGCCUGUGCUAAUAUCUCCAUAAAUAUUAUUAGCAUGGUUGUUGCUAACAUGAUUUUUCUUGUAGGGCCAGUACUUUUUGUUGUUGUUUCGUAUGUUUUUAUUCUCUCCACCAUUCUGAGAAUUCCUUCUGCAGAAGGAAGGCGUAAAGCCUUCUCCACCUGCUCUGCCCACCUAACGGUGGUGAUUAUAUUCUACGGAACCAUCCUUUUCAUGUAUGCAAACCCCAAGACUAAAGACUCUUCUGGUGCAGACAAAGAACAAGUCACAGACAAAAUCAUCUCCCUCUUCUAUGGAGUGGUGACACCUAUGCUUAAUCCUCUCAUCUAUAGUUUGAGGAACAAAGAUGUGAAGGCAGCAGUGAAGAGUAUACUGUGUCAAAAACACUGCUCAGAAAGAAUGUGA